CGUCACCACCAGCUGACGUCGCUGCCAUGGUCCUGCUAGCAGCAGUGUAGACUGAUAGACUGCAGUCCUAAGUUGCAGAAUCAUCUGCAGGAUGAGUUCGGUGACGGCGUCCCUGCCGACGCUGCUGUCUUCGGCGGCGUCCACCGUCUCGUGGUUCUUCCCGGCGCUGGUGGCCGCCAUCGCCUACUUCAACUACGACCUGCUGGACCCCGAGUCGCGGCCCAUCGAGAUGCAGCCCGACAUGCUGCUCGACUCCUACGACUUCAUCAUAGUCGGCGCCGGGUCCGCGGGAGCGGUCCUGGCGAACCGGCUGAGCGAGGUGGACGACUGGACGGUGCUGCUGGUGGAGGCGGGCGGCGACGAGACGGAGAUCUCCGACGUGCCGGUGCUGGCCGCCUACCUGCAGCUCAGCAAGCUGGACUGGCAGUACAAGACGGAGCCCCAGGGCACCGCCUGCCUCGGGAUGAGGAACGGGCGGUGCAACUGGCCGCGCGGCAAGGUGCUGGGCGGCUCGAGCGUGCUCAACUACAUGCUGUACGUGCGCGGCAACCACCACGACUACGACGCGUGGGAGGCGGCGGGCAACCCGGGCUGGGGCAGCCGCGACGUGCUGCACUACUUCAAGAAGUCGGAGGACCAGCGCAACCCGUACCUGGCGCGCUCGCCCUACCACGGCACGGGCGGCUACCUCACCGUGCAGGAGGCGCCCUGGCACACGCCGCUCGCCGCCGCCUUCGUCGAGGCGGGCGUCGAGAUGGGCUACCACAACCGCGACAUCAACGGCGAGUUCCAGACCGGCUUCAUGGUGGCACAGGGAACCACACGUAGAGGAUCCCGUUGCAGCACAUCCAAGGCCUUCCUGAGACCCGCGCGCCUGCGGCCCAACCUGCACGUACUCACCUACUCACAGGUGACGCGCGUGCUGAUCGACCCGCGCAAGAAGCGCGCCACGGGCGUCCAGUACGUGCGCGACGGCGAGGGCCGGCGCCUGCGGUCGGCGGUGGCGCGGCGCGAGGUGGUGCUGUCGGCGGGCAGCAUCGGCUCGCCGCAGCUGCUGAUGCUGUCCGGCGUGGGGCCGGCCGCGCACCUCCGCGAGCACGGCAUCCCCGUCCUGCAGGACCUACAGGUGGGCGAGAACAUGCAGGAUCACAUCGGCCUGGGCGGACUGACGUUUCUGAUAGACAAGCCAGUCUCCAUGGUGCAGAGCCGCUACGAGAACCUGCCGUCGGUGCUGCAGUACGCCAUCUUCGGCGACGGCCCGCUCACCGUGCUGGGCGGCGUUGAGGGCCUCGCCUUCGUCAACAGCAAGUACGCCAACUCGUCCAUCGACUGGCCCGACAUCGAGUUCCACUUCGUGUCGGGCUCGACCAACUCGGACGGUGGCAGGCAGAUCUGGCGGGCGCACGGGAUCACGGACCGCUUCUACGAGCGCGUCUUCCGGCCGAUCGACAACAAGGACGCGUGGAGCGUGAUCCCCGUGCUGCUGCGGCCACGCAGCCGAGGCGUCAUCAAACUGCGCAGCCGCAACCCGUUCGACUACCCGCUUAUCUACCCCAACUACUUCACCGACCCGCAAGACAUCAAGGUGCUCGUCGAGGGGGUCAAGAUCGGAGUUGCGCUGUCCAGGACGCGUGCCUUCCGCCGCUUCAACAGCCGCCUGCACGAGAUCCCGACGCCCGGCUGCGAGUCCGUGCCACGAUUCACCGACGCCUACUGGGAGUGCCUGAUACGCCACUACUCGGUGACCAUCUACCACCCGAUCGGCACUUGCAAGAUGGGCCCCGCGUGGGACCCCGGAGCUGUCGUGGACCCCCAGUUGCGAGUGUACGGCAUUCAGGGCUUGCGGGUCAUUGACGCUUCCAUCAUGCCGUCCAUGGUCAAUGGAAAUACCAACGCGCCAGUCAUCAUGGUGGCCGAGAAAGGCGCGGAUCUGAUCAAACAAUUCUGGCUCCGAAAAAAUUGAACCUGAAUUGGCUUCUGAGGAUGACUAACCUGUCAUUUCCUCGGAAAUAUCCACUACUCUCGAAGCGUUCAGUCGACGCUGAGGCCUGUGUGCACUUAAAGACAGCAACAGUUACACUACUACAGUUUAAUGUAGGUCGGUGUUUACAUCCUUGUUUAUUAUAGGUGAAUGAACAUUAGGCCGUGGUCUAAGACACUUUUCUGUGCCUAAUUUUUCCUCUCCUAAUGCUGGAGACAUCCUCAGAGGCUAUGAAUAUUUUGAGAGUUGAUUCUACAACUCAAGGACUUAAGUUACACAAGUUGUGAUCGUGAGUGCUAAAUACAGCAAACUGCACCAACUUUUUCGCAGCACAAGCUCCUUAAAACACAUCCGCUAGACUCCGCAAUUUGUGGCUAAGUCAGAUGACAUCAAGGCCCAAUCACUACGUGGCUACGCAUAAACAGUUCGGCUUACCGGGGUUGUUUGAGUGUGAAAAUCAACUAAUAAAUUCUUUAUAGCCUCUGAGAAUGCCUCCGGUAGAAACAAAAACAUGCGUAAUGUCUAUACAACUAAAAUAACCAAAGAUACUACUACAGUUAUCUCAAUUUUCUCCAGAGAUAGGGACUCUCUAUAUGUUCAAAGUCAUAUCUACAUUUUUUGACCCACUAACGAAUGCCUUUUAACAUAGUCCACAGCUGAACUUAAGCAGGAACUUACUUAUCUGACAGGUAAAGUCUUUGCCGCCAUAACUGCACUCUCUGUUUUACCCCCUCUGCUCCCGUCGUGGAAAUCCGGUUCGGUCGAAGACCUGCGUCCUAUGCCCGCAAUACCGAAGUACAGAGUAUCUGUUGAAUUGUUUCAUUCUAAUUUCUGCCGAAAAUCUAUACAACGCCGUGUGUGUGAACAAUCGUUGCUACCAAUUGACAUUAGUUAUUGCAGAUAUAAUGUCUUGGGCAGUUUCAGCGACCAUCAAUUGACAAAGUAUUUCAUUUAAAAGACAGUUCAGCAAGCUUUACUUGCUCCACUUUAUUUAUAAAGUCCCCAUACAUUUUUGUCGACAGCAAAGACAGCCAGGCGUACACCUCGUAUCGUCGAGUUUGCGCCUGUAGGUAGAAUAUAAUACUUUUUAUUUGGCAGUGCCUCAAUGUACUAAGUUACAGACUAAACACUAUUUUGUACAUAUUUAUUCCAUCAUCCCAAAGUCAGAGGAUAACUUGAAAUUAAUGACUGCGUUUUAAAGAAAGUACUUAAGACUAGGUGCUCUUUAAGCAACUAAGUAAAUAUAACGGUACAAAAGGUAGAGGAUGUAAAGUGGAGAAUGACUAAAAUCUUGCCAGAGUUGUAGGCUGAUAAAACAUCAUAGUUAUCCGACACACAGAACAUACCUCGAGAUAUACCUUUCUCGCGUUUUUUUACAAACCUGCCAUCCAUGACCCUUCUGUGAUAAUCUUGAUAUUAACACUUUUUCGUUAUUACUUCGCGUAACUGAGGUGUCUUACACUAGGCGUUUCUGAUCAUGAUGUAAUACGCGCGUUUACAGUUACGCAUUUAAACAUUUCUUAAUAAAUAGUGACGUACAAUCAUAAAUCAUA